AAGGUAUUCUCAGCUGCAAAGAAUUAUUUUCUGCUUUGUUCGUUUAAAUCCUCGCUCACGCUUUUUGUUAAAUCACCUGGUACAGAGAGUGUCGCUCCCUUUUUUGGCUACAAAAACACCGAGAAAUCUUGAAACAGACACGGGCCUAGGGUUCUCCGCGGCGGUUCUGAGCAGCGGUGUUUCUCUUUCAAUCUGAUCGAAUUUUCGCGGCGAAGAAGCUCUUUUAGUCGAAAUUUGAAUUUCGUGGGACCUUCUCUGUUUCCGGUGUCUAUGGAUUCGGAUUCAAGGAAACGCACAUUGGAGGCUUUGGAGAGAAGAAUAGCUUUUGCUAAAGCUGAGGUUCUCCAAAAAGAAAAGAAAAACAAAAAGAGUAUAAAUGAAGAUGGCAAACCACUUGUUCCUACGGAUUCUACUUCUGAAGAUCCUUCUCCGCACUUGUUGCAUUCAUCAUCAGUCACACCCAAGAAAGGAAAUUUCAGCUUUUCCGGUCAUACCAAUUCACGAGAAAAUGAAGAUGGUCUUGUAUAUGCCCAACUUUCUGUGCCUGUAAAUGGCAAUCUGCUCCCAAAUAGUGAGUUUUCUUCUGAAAGAAGAGGUUCGAUUGAUGGCAUAUUGCAUGAGCUUCUUCUAAAGGGAGAUGCUGCACAAAAGUACAUGCAAGGAUCUAGAAACAUGAAAAUUGACAACUCGAUCCUUCUUGAUAAUUUUGUACAAAGACGGGCGCUUUCUUCUGGUUCUCAAACCAGAGCUUUGCAAAUCCAUUCAAAACGCUCUAAGAAACACAUGUCUAUGAGACAGCAGAAAAAGUAUGGAUCAUUAUAUCUUCCUCAGGAGUUCCAAAAAUUCGAUAUUUUCAAGCCAAUGCAUGAAAUGUGGAAAGAUUACGUAACGUCGCUUCUUAAAUCCACUGGGAAGAAUCAACUGACUCAAUGUCUCCUAGGUGCAGAUCUACAUGGUGCUUUCAUUUUAGUUGUGGAGUGUAAAAUAACUUAUUUUACAGGAAUUCAUGGCAUCAUGAUUCGUGAAACUGCAGAAGCAUUUGGGAUAAUUACUGAAGAUGAUAAAUUUCGAGUUGUUCCCAAAAAGGGUUCUGUAUUUGUAUUCCAAGUUGAUUGCUGGAAAGUCACUCUGCAUGGAGAUAAACUUGGUUCAAGAAAGGUUGGAUUGUGAUAAUGAUCCUUCAACUGCAGACAGAAUAUCCGUAAACCCCUGUGCAUUUUGAAAGUCUUGAGCUAUGGGACACAUGCAAGUGUUUGAAUGCUCUGAUUGGAUUGUAGCAGUGGAGAAGUUGGAGAUUGCUUAAGGGUUAGUUGCUGGAAAGAAGGUGAAUGACAAUGACUUUGACUUAUUAGUGGACACUCAUGCUAGUCUUUUGAUGCUGGUUUGAACUUCUCUCGUCUUCUACUACAAUGAUACCAUAGAUAAGUCGUUGUAGAUUUUGGUCCUUGCUUUAAGGCAGUCAAGUAAAUGUUCCAUGCAACUGUAACUAUUAUUAGUAAUAAAAAAAUCACAGCCUUUCCCCUGGUA